GAAAGAAUAGGCGCACGGCAGCACCGCGAGCGCGCCGAGGCCGCCGCCCAGCGAGCGCCCCGCGCGCGCCUGCAGCACAGCGCGCCUCCUCUGCGAGGGCGGCGCUGAGCUUGAGGCGGCGCUGCGGCGCGGGGCCCUCGCCGCGAAACGGGCAAACCCCGCCUCCAGGAGAGGCCGCCCCCGUGCCUGCCCGCCCUGCCGCCGGGCGCAAGCGCGCGGCUGGCGGAGUGGGCCUCCGCGGCCGAGGCGCUCGCGGAUGCCGCGCCCAGGGGCAGGAGAGUCUGGGGACCUGGGCACGAGGGUGAUCGGCGCUCUCGACGAGGAGUUCCUCGCCGGCGAGGUCUCCCUCUCGUUCCGAGCGUGGAUGCUGGGGCGGUUGCUGCUGGCCAGCCGGCAGUGCUCCGACGUGGCGGCCGAGGCGAUCUUCGAGAAGUAUUUGCGGGAGGUGCUGGACGAGGUUGUGGCCAGUCGCCUCAGGGCGGGCCUGGAGCCAGAGGAGGUGGCCGACCCGUGCGAGGCCUGGGCGUGGUCAUAUCCAGGCAGGCCUAUAGGGGCACGAGCAGUCCCACUGGCUGAGGGCGGCUCAGAUGGCCCAGGGCGGAGCGGAGUACCUUGCAGCCGCCGCGCGCAGCGGCGAAGGACGCGGGGAUACUGCCGCCGGCUGCGCGCCCCGGCCCGGGCGAGCGCGUUGUCGGCGCAGCGCAGCUGCGGCACCAUCGCCUCCUGGCGGGGGCCUCCGCCGGCGCCCUCACUGCAGCAGAGGUGCGAGGCCGCCGACCGUUUGCUGCGCCACGGCGUCUCGGACCGCGGGGCGAUCCUGGAGGGCCAGCUGGGGCUCGAGGAGGCCCUGCGGUCCGUGCCGCGCGCGGACUUCCGCGCAUGGGCGGUGGGCCUCGCGCGCCUGUCGGAGGUGCAGACUGCAAUUUCGAGUCGCCGUGAGAGUUCGGUGCAUCUGCAGUGCAGCCCGCUUUCAGACCUCUUCUUCGAGGCCGUGGAGGAGUCGCCCCAUCCAGGUGACAAAGCUCUGGGGCUUGCCAACUGGCUGUACGCCAGCUAUGUGGCUUGGUGGCAUCAAAGCAGUAACACAGAGUGCCCCUUGCGAAAGAACAAAGACUUACGAAGACGAGCAGCGGUGACGCCGAGUUCCCCCAGAGCAGAUGCGAGCGGAGCGCUUACAUGUCGCUUGGGCAUGGCAAGUAUGGACAUUGCCAAUUACUCAAGACUGGAAACGAUGUGCUAGUCGGUGUCGACAGUGAUGAGGGCGGUUUUGCUAUCACGAUUGGCAGCGACGUGAUGGCGAUGAAGAUUCGGACAAUCCUCAUGGGUGGCUUGCUUUAAAAAGGUGACGGUGACGACGACGCAGCCGUGGUAGAAGCCUGCAGACUUGGUCACUACCUUGAUUUGUGCGUGGAUGUGUGGGCCAUGCAUUGCAGACUACUGCGGGCUAACAUUUCAGCGCGAACAUUUCUUGUUUGUUGUUUCGCAAGCCCCCUGCCAAGGAGACCAGGCAGGGUAGAGCUACCACUAUCUCUGGAGACAGCAGCGCCACACGCAGCAGUACCAGUUGGACCAGCACGGCAGGCACACAUAGUACCUGGCAGGCGG